AUGUCGCCGGUUGCUCCCUUUCUUGCUCAACGGAAUCUCGACCAACUUCACAAUUCACAGCAGCAGCAGCAGCAGCAGCAGCAGCAGCAGCAGCAGCAGCAGCAGCAGCAGCAGCAGGCUGAGAGGGCUACAGGGAGAGCAGAGCUUGACCUGUUCAGCUCUCACGUUGAUAGGCUCGAAGAGCAGGGCUCGUCCCUCUCCCUCCUCCUUUCCUCCCUCCUCAUGGACAUUCGCCGACUGCAAGAUGCUCAGUUCUGCUCUCCUUUGAUCCUGACGGGGAGGAAAAAGGAGCAGGCGCAAGAGCAGGAGCAGGAGCAGGAGCAGGGAGCUGGGAUCGUCCUCAAGCUUCACAAGUCAGAAGACGGACUGAGCCGUCUUCGAGUCGAUCGAGUCGAGGGGAAAGCACCCGAAGGUGGAGGAAGAGCCGGAGCAGCAGCAGCAGGAGAGCAGCUGGAGGUGGAGGUGGGAGACUUACUCCUGGCCGUGGACAAGCAGCCGGUCUUCGAGUGGAGCCUAGGGGUCCUGACGAGCCUCUGCUCGGGAGCUGCUGGGGUUCCCCUCCAGCUGAAGUUCGAGAGGCCGCAAACUGGUGGAACGGUGGAGGUGGAGGUCAAGAGGAGAAGGCUGAUGGUGGAGUCGUUCGAAGAGAGCUGGAAGGCAGGUGGGGAGGAGGAGUACUGGAGGAGGAGAGCCAUGAGCGUGGACGAGAUGCUGACGGGGGUGGAGGAGGAGUCCCGCCAGCUUCAGGAGAAACAUGCGGAGCUGGUGGAUGAGAUUGAAGGGGAGAGGAGGAGGAGGGAGGAGGAGACGAGGAGCAUGGAGGAGGAGAAGAGGAGAGUGGAGGAGGACAAGAGGAGGGUGGAGGAGGAGAAGAGGAGGGUGGAGGAGGAGAAGAGGAGGGUGGAGGAAGAGAAGAAUAUGGAGAGGAAGGGAGUCAAGUGUCGCUGA